AUGCGCAAGAUGAUUACGAUGUACGCCAUCAACCACCCAGCCAACAGUCUACCAAACGCAGCAGACUCGACAAUCGACCUCCCAGCACGCACGACGUCGACCUUGGCAGUAAAUCGCAAGAUCUACCAACUGCCAGGCCCAGCUUUCUUUACCCCGCACGGCGACAAAAUUCAAUCAGGCAGGAUGACGAAUGGGGAUCUUGCGGGCCUGGACCAGGCUCGAGGUUGUCACCUUGGCGGGCGGUCAAUGGUCAUCAUCUGUAAAGAGGAGUGCCGCGGCUGGCGUCGAGUCUGA